GGUGACCGACGAUUUAUUUCACCUUUCUUUUGCCCGUGUAUAAAAAGGAGACGGAAAAUUUGACGGACGUCUGUUCGAGUUUGAAUGUCUCUUUGACUGAAUUGUCCUCUAAACGUCCUUCAGAAAAACUUAAUUCCAAAUUGAAGUUCCACCCAGAGUUCUUGGUUCUUAAAUUUUAAAGGGAAAACUUUACCAGAAAAACUCUCAAAAAUGACCACCCACUGGAACUACCCUGACCCCGCCCUCCAAGAUGAGCUUCGCAAAAUCGCCAACGCCAUCGUGGCCCCAGGCAAAGGUAUUUUAGCUGCUGACGAAUCUGUAUCCACCAUGGGUAAAAGGCUGACCGACAUUGGUGUAGAAAACACCGAUGAAAACAGACGCAAAUACAGACAAUUACUGUUCACCACAUGCCCGACUAUUGGAGAUUAUGUGUCGGGAGUAAUUCUCUUCCACGAAACUCUGUACCAGAAAGCUGAUGAUGGUACUCCGUUUCCAGAAUUAUUGAAACAAAGGGGCAUCAUUCCCGGCAUCAAAGUCGACACUGGAGUUGUGCCACUUUUUGGUAGCAACGACGAAACUACCACUCAGGGUUUGGACGAUUUGGCCAAACGUUGUGCCCAAUACAAAAAAGACGGUUGUCAUUUUGCCAAGUGGCGCUGUGUCCUAAAAAUUGGCGAACACACCCCAUCUCUGCAGUCUCUCAUUGAAAACGCUAACGUUUUGGCCAGAUACGCUUCAAUUUGCCAAGCCAACAGAAUUGUACCCAUUGUAGAACCAGAAGUUUUGCCCGAUGGUGCUCACAAUUUGGAACGCGCCCAAAAAGUCACCGAAACCGUUUUGGCUUUCGUUUACAAAGCUUUGGCCGAUCACAAUGUCUACCUGGAAGGUACUCUGUUGAAACCCAACAUGGUUACUGCUGGUCAAUCGCACGCUGUCAAAUUCUCUCCUGAAGAUGUCGCCAAGGCCACUGUCACCGCUUUGCAACGCACCGUACCUGCUGCUGUGCCUGGAGUAACUUUCUUGUCUGGUGGACAAUCCGAGGAAGAAGCUAGUGUCCACUUGAAUGCCAUCAACCAAUACCAAGGCAAGAAACCGUGGGCUCUUACUUUCAGCUACGGUCGUGCCCUUCAAGCUUCAGUCCUCCGUGCGUGGGGCGGCAAAGAUGAACAAGUCAAAGCUGGUCAAGAUGAACUUUUAAAACGUGCCAAGGCUAACAGUGAUGCAUCACUCGGCAAAUACCUUGCCGGUUCCAUUCAAGGCAAAGCAGGAGAUGCUGGACUUUUCAUCCAAAACCACGCUUAUUAAGACAAAGAAAGUUUUCCUAAUUUUUAAGUUCAACGCAUGAUGGAGAAAUUAUCAGCAGCACAUUUUAUCAUUACUCUCUUUGUGGAAAAUUCUUUGUAAAACGCUAGUCAUUGAAACCCUUAAAGGGCCAAAAUUAGAUGGAAAAAAAUAAUUAUUGUGAAAGUGUAAUUUUGCAAAUUUUUGUUGAUAGAGCUUGUAUGUAUGUUUAUACCUUCAAAAGGGUGGGAUUUUUUUCGCACUUUUUACUUGCAGCAAUUAUUAGAUGUUGGAAUUUGUUAUUUUGGAUCUGGAACACUUGUUUAAUUGAUGUUUAUAUUUUUUAAUUGUAUACACGAUUGUUUUUUUAUUAUUAAAUUGUUGUUAAACUCAUAUACAUACAAAUAAAAUAUAUAAUAUAUUGAA